CCUGGUGGCGGACGCCGUCUGGGGGCGUUCCUGGGAGCCCGGGGCCGCCGAGGUUAGACCCGAAGUCCCGGGAGGAGCCGGCCGGCGGCCACGUGACCGACCGCGGCGGGGCCGGCGGCCCAGAAAUAGCAGCCGCCGCGGUCCCGCCCGCGGGCUGCCGCGAGCGAAAGGCGGAGACUGGCGGACGCAGGCUGGGCGCGGGCGCGGCGCGGCCCCGGCCCCGGAGGAUGCUGAGCCCCUGCCCGGCCCGGCCCCGAGCACAUGAUGGCGAUACGGGAGCUCAAAGUGUGUCUUCUCGGGGACACCGGGGUUGGGAAAUCAAGCAUUGUGUGUCGAUUUGUCCAGGAUCACUUUGACCACAACAUCAGCCCGACCAUUGGGGCAUCUUUUAUGACCAAAACUGUGCCUUGUGGAAAUGAGCUUCAUAAGUUCCUCAUCUGGGACACUGCUGGGCAGGAGCGGUUUCAUUCACUGGCUCCCAUGUACUAUCGUGGAUCCGCUGCAGCUGUCAUAGUCUAUGAUAUUACCAAACAGGAUUCAUUUCAUACCCUGAAGAAAUGGGUGAAAGAACUGAAGGAGCAUGGUCCAGAAAACAUUGUAAUGGCUAUUGCUGGAAACAAGUGUGAUCUCUCAGACAUUAGGGAAGUUCCCUUGAAGGACGCUAAGGAAUAUGCUGAAUCCAUAGGUGCUGUCGUGGUUGAAACAAGUGCAAAAAAUGCUAUUAAUAUCGAAGAGCUCUUUCAAGGAAUCAGUCGCCAGAUCCCACCCUUGGACCCCCAUGAAAAUGGAAACAAUGGAGCAAUCAAACUUGGGAAGCCAGCUACGCAAGCCAGCCGGCGGUGCUGCUGACCCGUGGGCCACGGUCCAUUGUACUUGAAGAAGCCAGAGCCGACCUCCCAUUCUCGGCAGCCUGGCACCCCACGGAGGGAGAAGCGGGGUGCUGGCUUGGCAUCCUAGAAGACCUGCGGUGGUGGGGCAGGAAACAUCCCUGGAAAAGGCUUCGAGAAAAAUCUGCCACACUGCCACAAAAUGGCCUUUGGUGCAUGAAAUGCACGUGGGAGGGAACAGGUGUUAGGUCACGAGUACAAUUGAUUUGUUAUUAUUGUUGUUAAAAACCUUAAAAUAGUCUUAAAUUUGUACAGCAGCCACACUGGCCUAUAUGUGUGUGAGACUCUAAAGUGGUGAUCCCUUCCAAUUUCCUGUGCUCCCCAGCCCAGUUUCAAUAAGUUCUUCAGUGCCAUUGCCUCUGUUACCUGACCAGCCUUCAAUGAAAGGUUCAUUUAAUUUCAUUUAAUUUACCUUUCAAUGGAGCGUGUUUGGCCCAUAACUCAAGCUAUAGACUUGAGCCAUUAUGAAAGUGGAGAAAGAUAUAUGAGAAACUGUUGUCUACAUCUCUUUUUACUUGGUGCCCAUUUUUCUUUUAGUCAUAUAUAAACAAACCAAGUCUGACUAAGAUACUGCAUGCAAUUUUGGGAGUGGGAGGCCUAGUUUGAAAGAAUCAUUUGAGUAGUUACCAUGUAAGCGGUGACAGAUGUAGGGUGUAAAUAUUUUUCCACAGACUGCCUGGUAUGAUCAUCUCCACAGUAAUAAACACCUACCCUCUUAGAGAAGGUUAAUGCACAGUGUAUGAUUUUACUAAUGCCUUGGUGUCAUAUCUAGGGGGAAAAUUAACCAGAAGAUAUUCAAAUCUAGAUCUUAGGACACACUUCCAAUAAUAUCAAUUAAUAGUUAUAGGAAAGCCGGCCAGAGGGAGCACCGGCACCUUAAGAUUUGUCCCCGAGAUGACAAAAUCAGAGAAAGUGUUCUAGAAGAUGCCAGGCUUGGGCAGGUGGGCGCUGGGGCUAACCAGAGGCCCACCCCGGGAAUGCCAGGGUUAGCUGACAAUGGGCUUUCAUAAAACCUUCCCUUCUGGAUUCCCUGUCUGCUCAGUUAAUUAAAGAUGUCUGAAUCCAAUGGAAGGAAAGGGAGAAAAGGCAUGGGAAGGAAGAAAAGCUAUUUCCAUUGGAAACCCAAGUCUCAUUACCAUUCUAACGUUCGUAAAUACCUGCAGUCAGGAAGGCAUUGACUUCCUAUUAGGGCUUAUAUUGGGAGGUAAUUCUUAAAGGACGCUUGGAUCCAUGCCUUUUGUGGGGACUAGGAAACUGUAAAGAAUGGCUGGCCUCAGAAAUGGUUAAUCAGGCAGCAUGGUAACAGGGCUAGCUGGUACCCAACAUUCAAGGCCCAGCGAACAUUAAUAGAAAACCUAUCAUGUAAAAGCCAGGAAAGAGAUUGUGAGCUGACAAAAGACCUCAACUCCCCGUAACCCAGUGUGAGCUGCUGCUUCCGAGUCGGGUCAUGGCUGUGCCCACCCUGCUCUGGACAGGUGGAGGUGCUGAGAUCACCACCGACAAAAAGCAAGAGUGCUUGAGAAACUGUGGCCAAGUUUACACUAAUUUAUGAGGAUUGCAAUAGAGAAAACAGGUGGAAAUCACAGUUAGGUGUUUUUUUUUUAAACUCAAGAAUAUGCUGUCAGUUGGAUAUUGUAACUGCUUCCCCCAGGUCACAAAGAGUAGUUUGACAAUCGGAGGAUAUGCAGGCUAGGAAAACUUACUUUUGGUUCAAGAGUGCCUCUUAGCUCUUGCAGACAGGCACCUCAAAAACUGCUAGCAAGUGGCAUUUGGAUAUCUUUAGCAGGGCCACUGCCGGGCUUUUUAGGGUUUUCUCCACAGCGUCAACUCCGCUAGUGGCUAACAUUCUGCUUGGGGGCCAAGUGAUUGUCAUGCCCCUUUUGAGAGUUAAACAACUGGGGUUGCAAAUUGAAUGACCUCUCUCCAGGUGACAUGUAGGCUUGUCCUGGAGCCUUUCCUCACCCAGCUGUCCCUGAGAACCUGGGUCUGUCUCCAGACAGCUGUUCUGGUUGCCCAGCUAAGGUGAUAACACCCCCCAGCAGAGUUCACAGCCUUGGGCUGGUCUUCAGUGGUUGCAUCUUGCUUGAAAUAGCUGAUGUUCAUCACGUGUAGCCAGUGAGCAACCCACCAACGAGCCCAUGGUUUUAUUUCAGAAGCACAUUGAGGGUGUGAACCACUCCUUUACCUUUCUGUACCGCCUUAACUAUUCAAGCCAGUCAGAUGACAGCUUACAUGUAAUCAGUACUCAGAGCAAUUGGUGAAAAGAGUACACAGUACUUGGGCACACAAGCAUUCAUAUAAACAUGGAGUCUUCUCUGAAGAUCGAUGCUCGCGCUUUGUCCACAACAAAGCUUUCUACUUCCUUUGUCUGGCCUUGUGAUUACGUUCUGGCUGUUAUGAUAGUUGAACUGUAACCAUGUAAUAUUAUGUUAAGGCCCAAAACGUCAAGUAGUUUCACAUGAGGUAAUUCCUUCACAUAAUUUUCCAAACUUUCCUUUCCUUCCCUCCAUUUUCUUUCCUUUCACAUGUGUGUAUAUGUGUAAAUAGGAUUUUGUAUUUGUUACACCGACACGUAAUCCAUUUCACUGGCUGAGCCUGGCUCGUGCCUAUCUAUGUGUUGUACGAUGUAGGCUCGGGUUCUCACAGGGUUACUUCCCAGUGGGAAUCCCCCAAGAUGGCGCUGGAGUCAUGUAAACAUUUUAUGUAGGUAUAUAAUUGACUUGCCAUUUUAGAGUUGAAAUGGUACAUUAGGGUGCUGAAUAUGACGUUACCUUGCAGAUUAGAGAAGGUUGAAGACCUAAAACUAACUUCUAGCCAAUGAAAGGGCUGUGCCCCAAUGAGACCUGAAUUCAUUUUCCGAGGGAGGUUUGGAUGACAGAAAUCUUUCCUUUCCAAUCAAGGAAUAUGGCAUAUGGUGGCUGAAGCUGAGCUCCUCUGGCGAGCUCUGCAGUGCUCACAGCGGGCUGGACUACAAGCCAGCCUUACGCUAACGGGCUCCGAGCUGUAUUAAGACUCAUUUGGUGUCUAGUCCAUUCCUUCAACCGUCAUCAUUGAAAGCAGACCCAGUGAUCCAGUGUCAGUGCUCUGCUGUGUAAACCGUUCCUUUUUCUUGUGUUUUUAUAAAGGGCUUGUCUGGGCUGGACCCACACUCACUUAUAGAAGACACUGCUGCAGACCGUUAGGACUUUUCCACCUUGUAUUCUAUAGUAAGGCAUUGCCCUCAACAUCACCCAAUUGUAUCUGUUAUUUUGGGAUUAACAAACACGGAUUCAUACUAAUAAAUAUUGUAAGUUUUACCAA